AUGGUUAGUUCCAGUAUGGUUUAUAAGUAGACCACAAUCAUAAGUAGACCACUAUAGGCCCAUUUCGUUACUGCCAAUUGUCAAUAAAGUCUUGGAACGCUGUGUGUACUUUAAUAGAUUUCACGACCACAUUCUACAUCACAUUAGCCAAGCUCAACAUGGUUUUCUUCGAAAACGCUCGUGUGUGACUCAACUGCUAUCAGUAUUCCACACUAUUGGACAUGAUCUAGAUAAGAAUAUUCAGACGGACGUCUUGUAUCUGCAAUCGUUCUCGAGAAACUACGUUGUUACGGUGUGACAGGGUCAGUUUUGGGUUGGUUUGCAGACUAUUUGAAUGGUAGGACUCAGAGAGUCGUUGUAGAUGGUGUGGCUUCGACAUGGUCACCAGUCACCUCUGGAGUGCCUCAAGGAAGUAUUCUCGGUCCGUUAUUGUUUGUCAUCUUCAUUAACGAUCUCCCAGAUGUUGUGCAAAAUGGAACUGAAACAGCCCUGUAUGCCAACGAUACUAAAUUGCACAAUACAAUUACCUCUACUGAUGACUGCAAAUGUUUACAACAAUCGUUGACAAAUCUGAAUUGCUGGAGUGUACAAAACAACAUCCGUUUCAAUGCUUCUAAAUGUAAAGUACUCACCAUUACACGCAAGAAAUCUCCUGUCACUUAUGAUUACAAACUGGGAACAGAAAGUCUGACUCGAGUUGACAGUGAAAAGGAUCUUGGCGUCAUCACUUCCUCCGGACUUUCAUGGGAACUUCAAAUCAAUUGUGUCAUCUCCAAGGCUAACAAAAUGUUAGGUGUACUGAAACGAACAUGUACUCAACUGACAGACAUGAAAGCCAGGCGAACUCUUUAUUUAACUCAUGUGAAAUCGCAAUUAUGCUACGCAACGGAAGUCUGGUCGCCCGUAAAUAACAUCCAACUCUCAAAGCGGAUUGAAAGAGUGCAACGUCGGGCGACGCGAUGGAUCAUGAUGAGCAGAAGAGGAGAGCUGAACUACAAAGAACGUCUGUUGGCCUUGGACCUUCUGCCGUUAACCUUCGACAGAGAGGUUAAGGACUUGGUGUAUCUGUACAAGGCUUUGUUUGGUUAUGUUAAUGUUGAUGUUAGUAACUGUGUCUCGUUUGUCAGUCACGGUCGAACUCGGCUGAGUAACACCUCAAA